AUGUUGGUAUGUAAUCCAUACUGCUUAUCUAUCUAUCUAUCUAUCUAUCUAUCUAUCUAUCUAUCUAUCUAUCUAUCUAUCUAUCUAUUUGCCUUUAUUUUCAAAUGUGUUCCGACUGCAUUUCUUUCUUUUCUUUUUUCUCUUUCUUUCUUUCUUUCUUUCUUUCUUUCUUUCUUUCGCAGUCUAUUCACAUCUAUCUAUCUAUCUAUCUAUCUAUCUAUCUAUCUAUCUAUCUAUCUAUCUAUCUAUCACAUUCUGUUCAGAUCUAUGUAUCUAUCAAUCUAUGUCGUCUGUCGUCUGUAUCUACAUAUCUUAUUUCUUCAUGUUAUUUUACUUCUUUUACUCUCUUUUUUUUCUUUUUUUAGACUUUCUUUCUUCCUUCCUUUCUUUUCUUUUUCUUUCUUUUUUUUUUCUUUCUUUCUUUUUUCUUUCUUUCUUUCUUUCUUUCUUUCUUUUCUUUCUUUUUUUCCUUUUUUUUCUUUCUUUUUCAGUCUUUCUGUCGAUAUUACUACUGGAAAUUCUUUUUUUAUUCUUUCUUUCGAUUCUUUCUUUCUAAUAUUAUUCAACAUUCUUUCUUUUUUCUUUCUUUCUCUCUUUUUCUUUCUUUCUUUCUUUUUCUUUCUUUCUUUCUUUCUUUCUAUUACUAAUCAGUCUUCUUUCAUUCUCCUUCUUUCUUUCUUUCUUUCUUUCUUUCUUUCUUUCUUUCUUUCUUUCUUUCGUUCUAUUACUAUUCAACCGCCUUCCUUCCUUCCUUCCUUCCUUCCUUUAUAUUCAACCUUUCUUUCUUUUUCUCCUCUACUCUUGUUGUUUCUUUUUUUUCUCCUCUACUGUCGUAUUCUUUCUUUCUUUCUUUCUUUCUUUCUUUCUUUCUUUCUUUCUUUCUUUCUUUCGUUUGUUUGUUCGUUCUUUCGUUCGUUCGUUCGUUCUUUCUUUCUUUCUUUCUUUCUUUCUUUCUUUCUUUCUUUCUUUCUUUCUUUCUUUCGUUCUAUUACUAUUCAACCGCCUUCCUUCCUUCCUUCCUUCCUUCCUUCCUUCCUUCCUUCCUUCCUUCCUUUAUAUUCAACCUUUUUUCUUUUUCUCCUCUACUCUUGUAUUUCUUUCUUUCUUUCUUUCUUUCUUUCUUUCUUUCUUUCUUUCUUUCUUUCUUUCUUUUCAAUCUAUUCCUUCCAGUCUAUUUCCAUUUCAAAUCUGUUCAACAUUUUAAGUUUAUGUUUUCUUUCUUUCUUUCUUUCUUUCUUUCUUUCUUUCUUUCUUUCUUUCUUUCUUUCUUUCUUUCGUUUGUUUGUUUGUUCGUUCUUUCGUUCGUUCGUUAUUUCUUUCUUUCUUUCUUUCUCUCUUUUACUAAGGAAUCCUUUUACCAUUUUUUUACAUUCCUUUCAUUUAAAAUUUUUCGCCUUCCUCCUUUCAUCAAUCAAUACUUUCUUUUACAUGACUACAUUUUGCUUUUUUCCCCCGUUACACUCCCCAUCCCAUUUUAAAACAAACAAACAAACAAACUUUCACAACUCAUUUCUCUUCUUCUCUACCUCUUUCUAUUCCGACCCUCAUUUCCAUCAUUCUUUCUUAUGUCUCACUCAACACACAAAUAAAGACAUUACACGUAAUUCCUUUUCCCGGCACUUUUUCUUUCCCGCUUCAUCAUUUGAACGUGCAGUAGCGACAGUCGUCUGUUCUCUUCCAAAUUCGCUAUUUUUGUUCUGCCAUCUUUGGCCUCUUUUCCCGCCUUUUUCUUUUCUCUUGUCUCGCCCAUACAACAGUUCGUUUCACGUCUUUUAUUUUCUUUUUCUGUUCAAAUUCAUUAUACUUAUUCGAUAUCUACGACUUUUAUUUACUUUAUUUUUUAACGAUUCUGUUUCUGUUAUAUUUUUUUACUGUUGCUUUCGUCAAAAUAUCUGUUUAUUAUCUUUUGGCGUGUCUUUGUUUUACCCAUCGAAACCAUCUUACAUUCAUUUCUUUCUUCUGUAUACACUCCUAGCUAAACGCUUUUUGUUUCUCUGCCAUUUCAUCUUCAGCAUAAGCUUUUUUUUUGUUACUAUCACCUUGAUUUUUUCUUCUACCGUUACUAUUUUCUCCCUUUUAUUUGCCAUCUUUAUUUUCUAUUUUUCCUUUCUUCUUAUUUUCCUCUUCCUUUUUUAUUCUUCUUCUUGUCUGUUUUCUCUGAUUUCUGUUUUAAUUCUAUUUCUUCUUUCACUUCAUUUGCUUAGCUUGUUUCCUCUCUCACUUUCAACUGUUCACCUUCCUCUUUUUCUUUUUAAUCUUUUGAUCUGUCUCUUAUUUUUCCGCAUUCUGUUCUUACUCUUUUACUUCUUCUUCCUCUUUAUUUUUUCUUUCAUUCAUCUUUCAUUUCUUUUUUCUUAA